GUCAGCUGCAGCACCCACGAAGCCGGAGGCUCCGAAGCAGCUAGAGCUAGGGGCUGGCUAAGGUAGCGAGCGAGCGAGCGAGGAGCUGAAGGGCAGGCGUCCCGAGAGUGCCUGAGAGGUUCCCCGCGUUGCCGUCGCCCCAUCCCCUCCUUCGACUCCCUCUGCCAAACCACAGGGCUAACUGGGAGCCGGAUCGCCCUCGCGGCGCCCCUCCAGUUCUGGGCGCACAUCGGGCCAGCUGCGCGCGGAAUCGAGGCGGCAGGAAGAUGCUCAAGGGCUGCGGCCGCCGCCUGCUCCUGUCCUUGGUGGGAGCCCUGCUCGCCUGCCUCUUGGUGUUGACUGUAGAUCAGAGGCAGCAGCUGCGGCAGCGCUCACCGCCGCCGCCGCCGCCGCCGCCGCCGCCGGAGGAGGAGCUCCCUGGGGGCGAGGUAGGACGUAGAGCCCUGCAGAGCCUGGCGGGUCCCGGCGAACCCCUGGGGCGGGGACCACCGCCCCCGCCUCAGCCCCAGGAGGAGCCCGCCGCCUCCCUGGCAGGGGCGGCUGGCUCCUCCGGAGAUGUCCGCAGCUUCUCGGAGUAUUUCGGCCAACUGAGCCGAGCUAGGAGGGACGUGGGACCCCUGGCUGGGGCAGCUUCAGCGCUCGAGAGCGUCCCCAGGCCCCAGAUGGAGCAGCUCUUCCCCAGAGACGUCUUCAUCGCAGUCAAGACCACCAAGAAAUUCCACAGAUCCCGACUGGACCUGCUGCUGGAUACCUGGAUUUCCAGGAAUAAAGAGAUGACUUUCAUCUUCACAGAUGGAGAGGAUGAAGUGCUGAAGCAACACACAGGCAACGUCAUCAAUACCAACUGUUCUGCGGCUCACAGCCGCCAGGCCUUAUCCUGCAAGAUGGCCGUGGAAUACGACAAGUUCAUUGAGUCAGGAAGGAAGUGGUUCUGCCACGUGGAUGAUGACAAUUAUGUUAAUGUUCCAACGCUUGUCAAACUGCUAUCCAGCUACCCUCACACUCAAGAUGUCUACAUUGGCAAGCCCAGUUUGGACCGGCCCAUCCAGGCCACAGAGAGGAUCAGUGAGAAUAAGAUGCGUCCUGUUCACUUCUGGUUUGCAACCGGCGGGGCUGGUUUCUGCAUCAGCCGUGGAUUGGCCUUAAAGAUGAGUCCCUGGGCAAGUGGGGGCCACUUCAUGAACACAGCAGAGAAGAUUAGACUGCCCGAUGAUUGCACCAUUGGCUACAUCAUUGAAUCUGUGUUGGGUGUGAGGCUCAUUCGAAGCAACCUGUUCCAUUCCCACCUGGAGAAUCUUCAACAGGUGCCCAAGUCCGAGCUCCAUAAACAGGUGACACUGAGCUAUGGGAUGUUUGAAAACAAGAGGAAUUCCAUCCAUAUGAAAGGUGCAUUCUCUGUGGAGGCUGAUCCAUCCAGGUUCCGCUCUAUCCACUGCUUGCUGUACCCGGACACUCCGUGGUGUCCUCGUAAUGUGGUCUACUAGGAGACUUAACGUCCAUCCUUUAACCCUCGUCCCUGAGUUCCCCUGGUAUCCAAAGGGCUCAUGGGACCUGCGUUGUGUUCUUGUCCUUGCUGUGCCCGUCAUGCACAGUGUGUGGGUGUGUGUGUUUGUGUAAUAGGCUGCUGUGUGGCCCAUGGUGACUGAGUUGGGGUGAGGAGGGAGGCCGGGAGACACAGAGUGUCUCUCUCUGGACUCUGCCUCCACCACCGUCUUCUCAUCCUGGAGGAAGAGGAGACUCUAAAGCCUGGAAGAAAACAAAGAAGAGUUAGGCAAGGGAGGCAUUGCCAUCGAUGAACCUGGCAUGCUUGCCAACUUCAGGGCUGGAAGCUGUCCCAGGAUGGUCCUGGAGCUGUGUCGUCUGUCUUCUGCAUCAGCUGCUUUCUCUCUGAUGGGACCAAUUUUUCUCUGGUGCUGCUGUCUUGAAGUCACUCCUGGGAGACUUUUCUAACCCAUGACCAUUCCUUUGACCAUCUGAAUCAUCUCUUCUCCUCCUCCUCCUUCUUCUUGUAUUGUAUUCCAGGCUCCGCAUCCUAUCCAGAUGAAGUCUUUUAUUUGUCAAAGGUCAAUUGGGGUGGGGUGGGGGGGGCUAGAAGAUGAGAGAGGAAGAGGAGUGGGCAGGGAGAUUUUAAAAGAUUUCUGAAUGUCUGUCCUGGUUUAGGAGGAUGGGGCGCAUUGCUAGGUGCUGCUGGGAGUGAGGGGAGAAGCAGAUCUCUUUCACCUGAGACCCUCAUUCUCCUGGGAAGUGGCACAUUCUGGAAUAGGAGAGAGAAAGAGUGUGUGUGUGUGUGUGUGUGUGUGUGUGUGUGAGAGAGAGAGAGAGAGAGGGGGGGGGGUGGCCUCCUCAGGACCCCAAGUUUGCUGAAAGAGAAGGGGCUGAAGGGAGACAAGGCCUGGAGCAGAGGGGCAGAAGAAGAGAGGAAGGCCCAGAUCAUUUGCUCCAGCCACUGGGGCUUACUAUUAUUGACUGAACUAUUUUCAGUCCCAGAUAGCUAUGCAGUAUUUAUAUGCAAUUAACCAUCAGCGGUUAAUUGAAGAGAAAUAGAGAAAUGUAUAAUGGUAUUUUGUUAUUGUUCUAAGGGAUGUUGGGGUUAAGAUGGAAAAAGACAGAAGGGCAUAUGCCAGGGUGCAUGUCGGUCAUUCUGUCUUAGGUUCAGGACCAGGCAUCUGCCCAGUUAUACCUUUGGGAAGCUUUUCGUAAUGGGAAGGGGAUAGAAAUGCCCUGUAACUUCCCUGUCACUUCUAUCAAACAGCAAAUGACCUUGAAAUUCACCGUUCAAGGUGAGGAGAGCAGUGCUUAGGUCCAGGGAAUGAAUUCUUGGCUGUGGACUCAGUCCUUGCCACCGUCUCAAGCUGUGAGGACCUAUUGGGGCCCACUACUGUUCUCAGGGCACCUGACCACAUCCUGGAGCUGGGGAUGAGCUGGGUCUUGCUACUCCUAAUGCAGCUCCUGGGAUGGGAACCUCCAUCUUAGACCCUGCAUUUGGGGUCCUCAGGCUAAUAUCUGAGUGUUCCUGGGUGUCCGACCCCAGAAUCUUUGCUUUGUCUCCUUCCGAUAACUGGGCAGAGUCAGAGCUGAAUAUUCCCUAUCUGAGGUUGAGUGAAUUGGCCCAUACUGGGUGCGUCUGUAAAUAUUGUACUUGAACAGUAUUUUUUUUACUGUUAUCUUUUAAAAGAGGAAAAAAAAAAGAAAAAGAAAGAAAAGUAGUUUUUUGUUUUUGUUUUUGUGUGUAUUUUACCUUUUCUGUGGAUCGGAAAAAAACAAAAACCAAACUCCUGAUAAUCUUGUUUUUAAAAUGAAAUUGGAAUAUCAUAUAACUCUCUACUUAUUUAUAUGUUCCAGUAUCUGGAAUCUAUCUAUUCUUUCCCCUACUUAGUCCCUUUUCUGUUUGUAUGUACGUUUUGGUUUUGUUGGAUUUUAUUGUUAUUGUUUAUUGUUUUGUUUUGUGUGGUUGUUUGUUUUUUUUUACAAAAACAUAGAUAGGAAAAAAACAAGGGAAAAAAGUUCUCAGGGAAUUAAACCUUAUUGUUAAUACCAUGGUCACCCUGUGGUACCCAGCAUUCUUUGCUUUCAAUAAAGCAGCUUUAUUUGCUGAAAAUAAAUAUGUAUUGUGGUCUUUUAUGCCAGUGCUUACUCACUUAUUCAUAUUUCUAAAGCUUUUUUCACAAUCACCCGUUGAAGUACGCUGUGUGGGUACUGUCAUUUCCAUUAUACAGAUGAGAAUACUUGAGGCUCAUGAAAACUGUCAUUUGUCGCAGGUCCUAUAGGUAAUAAAUGGCAUACCUAGGACUCAGAACCCCAGUCUUCUGAUUUUCUGAUCCAUUAUGGUUCAAAUCAUAUGCACACUAGACCAUGCACCUACAUCUACAUAUAAACUGAGGCUUUGUCCUAUUCAGAUUCCUCAAUUUGGUUUUGAUAUAGCAAUAAAAGCUGAGUUGAAGGGACCUCAGUAACUAAGUUCAACCAUAACCCAGAAGAAAAAGCCCUUCUAUAACAUAACCUGACAAAUGGUUAUUUAGGCUCUGCUGAAAGACCUUCAAGGAUAGAGAACCCAAUACUUCUCAAGGCAAUCAAACAUUCUGCUCCUGGACCCCUUUGGUUGAC